CACACCAAGUAGUACUUUGCCCUGCAAAAAGUCUCAUUGCCCAGUGGUCGUACUAACUGAUGUGGGUGAUUGUAUCAGAAUCUGACCCUGGAAACAACAUUGUGCAGGGUGCGCCUCACUUUCUCACAUGCAGUGGAGAGUGCAUCGGGGAUAAAUGGCAGAGAGGAAUUACACGGCAGUGACUGCGUUCAUCUUGGUGGGAUUCACAGAAGACCCGAAGCUGCAGGUCAUCCUCCUUGUGUUGUUUCUGUUGAUCUACCUGCUAAUUCUAGUGGGGAACCUCACCUUGGUCACCUUAAUCAGGACUGACUCCCGGCUUCACACCCCCAUGUACUUUUUCAUCAGCAACCUGGCCUUCUUAAAUGUCAGCUACGCCACCAUUAUCACUUCCAGCAUACUGAUUACUUUAGUAUCAGCGAGAAAAGUAAUUUUGUUCUCUGGGUGUGCUCUGCAAUUCUUCUUCCUAUGCAUGGCAUUGUCCUGUGAAUGCUAUCUUUUGGGUGUCAUGGCGUACGAUCGCUUCACAGCCAUCUGCAACCCACUGCUCUACACCGUCAUCAUGUCCAAGCGGUUUUGUGUGCUGCUUGUGCUGGGGUCGUACCUAGUGGGCUGCGUGAAUGCAAUUGUUCAAGCUGUAUUUAUAUUCCGUUUGUCCUUCUGCAACUCAAACAUCAUCAAUCAUUUCUUCUGUGACGUGCCCCCGCUCCUGAAGUUGUCUUGCUCUGACACCCACAUUGCAGACAUUGUUCAUUUCACCUGUAGUGCUGUGGUGCUAACACCUACUAUCUUGAUCAUCCUCAUCUCCUACAUAUACAUUGCGAUCGCUAUCCUAAGGAUCAACUCUGCCAUGGGCCAACGCAAAGCUUUCUCCACCUGCGCCUCUCACCUGACUGCUGUCACCAUCUUCUAUGGAACGGGCUCUUUCAUGUAUUUACGGCCCAGUUCAAAGUACCUCAUGGAUCAGGACAAAAUCAUUUCUUUGUUUUAUACCCUGGUGAUCCCCAUGUUGAACCCCCUGAUCUACAGCCUGAGGAACACGGAAGUGAAAAAGGCCUUUAUGAGGAUGUUACACAGGAAGAUUGAUUCUCACUGA